AAAAAAAAUAAAAAAAAAGUUGGGGCAUUUAUCCGAAUUUAACUCCCCCACACCAUAAGAUUGGAGAGGCUUUAUUUAUCCAAGCAGGCUUGUAUUUUGUUAGGUAAUUCUUUGCUAUUUCCCGCUAAAGUUUAGCCAACAAUUUCACGGACUGGAUUUCAGAUCGAUUACUGGUCUUAACGCAGAUUAGCCAGGUUCACCGUUGGUUGGUGUCAAAAAAAAAAAACCCUGUGACCCCGCUUUUAACAAAUCUUCGUUUCUCUUUCUAAUACUCAUGUUUGGUACAAAUAGAUCAGACUCGCAUACUGGAGCUACUGCUCCAUCGCAUUUCCGUGAUAGGGCAAGAAAUGCCAUCUAUCAGGAACUCCCCGUUGCAAUUUCCGCUGGCGGAAACACCGCCACAUCGAUUAGGUCCGCUCCAACACACCUUCAGCCAUAUAAGAAGCUUUUCCCCAACUCCUCUCAUAGAUCACUGGCUUCCAGUGUCUUCCUGUCAGGCAAAAGGUCCGUGAGAUCGGCCCCGUCGAUGUACUCAAACUCAACGGCAACCAUUCCGGAAGAUUCGGAGCCUAUAACUACCACUGUGGAACAACUAAUCAAUGAUAUAAUGCUUCAUGAAACUGUGUCUAGAGACCUGCUGAUGCAACCUGAAGAAGAUGAAACUUGGAAAAUAUCUCUAGGGAGUCAACUUCAGUAUCAAAACGUUCCUGAAUCGUUGGUGGAUUGGAAUUUAAAUGUCACUCGAUGUAAAUUGUUUUUACGACAUCUUCCAACAAUUUCAUCUGUGCCAGAUUUCAAAUAUACUGGAGCUGUACCUCAGCUUGUGGGAGACCUUGCAUAUAUCUGUCACAUUGUAUUGAUUCUGGCAACAAUCUCUGAUAAGGAACUCAUUUAUAUACUUCUCCUGUCAAAUCUUUAUCAAGAACAUAAUUUAGAUCUGAAGUUUAAGAAAUCUGUGGCGGAAAUAUCCGUCAAGCAAUCGCGUUUACUUCAGAUAAACUCACAACAUAAUAAGAAAUCAUUACCGCCAAUCACUUCCAUCGAUAAUCAAACGUAUCUUCGGUUGGAAUUCAAAGAAAUAGCCGUGAGAAAUUAUCUCAUUAAUUUGGCAGCUGCUGCUACCACUGCUCAUGAAUACAAAUUGAAGUCAGACGAAAUGAAGAGAAACAUCAAGGCAAGUGGAGAUAAGAAGGCAAAGCUCCCGAAAGAUGAAAAGAAAAGGCUCUGGGAAUAUGUUAGACUGGAUGUAUUUAAAAGAGCUGGUUUGGAAGAAUAACUGCUGGGAAGUUUUAUUAUUUAGAAAUAUUCAAUUAAUUAUUAUGUAACAUUAUGGUAGUAGAUAAGAGAUGAUAAAGAGAUGAUAUGACCAUACUGUUUAAUAGUGUGAAGCCUUAAUAGUAAGGUUCUCUCACUUGUUAUUUUCUACACUCUAUCUUAUUAUGCGUAUAUUCCGUUAUAUGAUUAUGCC